GCUGCAUCAAAUGACACUAUAAAGGUCUUGAAAACCAUGAGAUGAUUUAUUUUGUCGGACAAGUGAAAUGAAAUUUUUUGCAGGUCAAUGAACGGGUUUCAGCUUUCAGCCAACUAGCACAACACUUUGAACAUAUGAUUUUGAUUGGUGGAAUCUCUUAUGUUCGUCUGUCUUCCCAUGUCUACCUAUCUAUCGAUUUGUAAACGUAUCCCAAGGUCAAUUACACAAAUACUUCAUGGCAAAAAAUUGUUUCAUUUAAUUUUGCAAUACUGUACAGUAAUGUUCUUAAUUCUGUCCAUCUUCGUGUGCACCAUACUUUUUCAAUACAAUCGAGUGAAUGCAGAGUACUAUACUGCUAUCGUUGACAUUACGAAAGCAUGGCGACUAAGUCAAGAAUUAGUCUCCGAUUUAAACUCUUAUAUCACUCUUGAAGAAACUCGUCUAAAUGAAAUUCGUAAGGUGAUAAAAUUACUAGAUACUGUUGAGUCAGUCAAUGACUCAACAACAACACCAUAUCAACAAAACAACAAACUUGAGGAAUAUUUGGGCAAUCCAAUCAACGCUUAUUUAACAAUGAAACGUCUUUCAUCAAAUUGGAAAUCAAAGUUAAGUCAACUGGUUGACAAUGUAUCUAGUGAUCCUAGUAGCAAUGACGAUGGCAAUAGUUCUGAUGACUUGAAUUUUUCUGAAUUGUCAAUGAAUACCAUUCGUUCACGUGUUAAACAGCACACUGAUAUGUUACCUGGUGAUAAUGAUGUGAACGGUGCAGUAGACGCCAUCCUUCGCUUGCAGUCUACGUACAAACUACCAGCCAGUCGACUUGCUUAUGGUCACCUGAUCGAUAACCUGUCAUGUCCUCAACUAAGCGCUGCACAGUGCCUGGAAGUAGGUAAGCAAGCCUAUUCUCAAGGCGAUUACGAACGGUCAGAAGAAUGGUUUCGAGUAGCGUAUGAUCGCUUAUUCGAUGAGCUGGAAGAAAAAAAGGAAAGCGGUAUUCAAGCUUCUGAGGAAGAUACAGCGGUCAAUGAUAACAUCGACGAAAAAGAAGUCCAACCAACUGUAGGACAAAUUUUAGAUCAUCUUGCUUACUCUCUUGGAAGGCAAGGAAGAUACGCCGAAGCCUUGAAUGUUACACGUUUACUUAUUGAACAGGAGCCAACGAAUGCAAGAGCCAUUAAAAAUGAAGCAUAUUAUGUGGAGCAAAUAAGUCUAGGUGAAGGAAGAAUUGGUCCUAAUCCACGUCCAGAAGCUGUGUCGAAACACGAACAAGAGACGGAAGUGUAUGAGGCAUUAUGUCGUGGUGAGAAUCAUUUUUCACCAGCUCCACCACAUUUGUUAACAUGCCAAUAUUAUGUCCCUCACGUGUUCUACAAAAUCGGUCCGGUUAAGCAGGAGGUUUUAUUCCCUGAUCCACGAAUUGUAAUGUGGCAUGAUUUGAUUUAUCCAUCGGAAAUUGAAGAAAUCAAGAAAUUAGCAACACCACGACUUCGAAGAGCCACAGUCAAAAAUCCAGUGACCGGAAAUUUAGAGGUAGCCUUCUAUAGAACCAGUAAAAGUGCCUGGCUACCGCAUUCAACGAAUGAAAUCACCGAUCGAAUAAGUAAGCGUAUACGUGCAGUUACAGGUUUAUCGCUUGAGACAGCUGAAGAUCUGCAAGUUGGUAAUUACGGGUUGGGAGGACACUAUGCUCCACACUUUGACUUCGGUCGAAAAAGAGAAAAGGAUGCAUUUGAAGUUCAGAAUGGAAAUAGAAUAGCAACAAUUAUCUUCUAUCUGAGUGAUAUACAAGCUGGUGGAGCUACUGUAUUUAAUCGUAUUGGUGCACGUGUAGUACCAAAACAGGGCGCAGCUGGCUUCUGGUUUAAUCUUUUACCAAGUGGUGAAGGAGAUUUGAGAACUCGACACGCAGCUUGUCCUGUUUUAGCUGGUUCAAAAUGGGUAAUGAAUUUAUGGUUUCAUGAACGGGGUCAAGAAUUCCUUCGACCAUGUGAACUGGAGCGUGGGACAAUCGAAGAAGAUGACGGAUUAUGA